AUGGGCAGCUCUGCUCUGCUCUACAAUGUUGCUGUUAUAGAACUCAAACAACUCAUAGCAAGAAGUUUGGUUUGGAUUUUUAGCUUCUAUCUGGAAUUUUAUAAGUCAAAAGAUGGCUGUUUAAGCCCACCCUCAGCCACGGUGUUUUGGAUGGAGGGCCUCACACAGCAGCUGGACCCUGAGGAAAUGAAAUGGAAGAUGCGCGAGGACGUGGUCUCCUCCACACGGAACUUUCUUAUUUACGUGGCCCUGCUGCGAGUCACUCCAUUUAUCUUAAAGAAAUGGGAUCGCAUAUGA